CAGCCCGCGCAGUGGGAAGAGAGGAAGAAAAUAAACCCGCGGCUGAAGCUGGAGCUGCCGCCGCCGCCGGCGCCGCCGUUGGAGCUCCCCCGCGCGGAUGAUGCCUGCGGCGCCCGCGCGGGGCUCGGGGCGGUGAGGCCCGGGGUGCGGGGUAGCUAUGGCGACGACGAGCGCGGCUAGCCGCGCCGCCUGACAGGUGUGGGGACCCAGCGGCGGCGGCGGCUCGGAGCAUUAUGUACGCCAAAGCCGGCAAGGGCUCGGCCGUGCCCUCCGACAGUCAGGCCCGUGAGAAGCUGGCGCUGUACGUGUACGAGUACCUGCUGCACAUCGGCGCCCAGAAGUCGGCCCAGACCUUUCUGUCCGAGAUCCGAUGGGAGAAGAACAUCACGCUGGGGGAACCCCCAGGGUUCCUGCAUUCCUGGUGGUGCGUGUUCUGGGACUUGUACUGUGCAGCACCUGACCGCAGAGAGGCAUGUGAGCACUCCAGCGAGGCCAAGGCCUUCCAGGACUACAGUGCUGCGGCUGCCCCCAGUCCUGUGAUGGGGAGCAUAGCCCCCAGCGAUGCAAUGGCAGCAGGCCCCAUGGCGCCUGGCUUCUUCCAGGGUCCCCCUGGCUCCCAGCCACCCCCCCACAACCUCAACACCCCAAUGAUGGGGCCUCACAUUCAGCCCUUCAUGUCACCGCGGUUCCCAGGGGGCCCCCGGCCCACCCUGCGGAUGCCGAGUCAGCCUCCUGUGGGCCUCCCUGGUUCCCAGCCCCUCCUUCCUAGCACCAUGGACCCCUCCCCACGUGCUCAGGGGCAUCCAAACAUGGGCCCAAUGCAGAGGGUGACUCCUCCACGGGGCAUGGCCGGUGUUGGGUCCCAGAGCUACGGAAGUGGCAUGCGGCCCCCACCCAACUCCCUCGCUGGCCCAGGCCUGCCCACAAUGAACAUGGGCCCAGGAGUGCGCGGCCCGUGGGCCAGCCCCAGUGGCAACUCGAUCCCCUAUUCUGCCUCCUCCCCUGGCAGCUACACAGGACCCCCAGGAGGCGGUGGGCCCCCUGGAACACCCAUCAUGCCCAGUCCUGGAGACUCCACCAACUCCAGCGAGAACAUGUACACUAUCAUGAACCCCAUCGGGCCGGGUGCUGGCAGGGCUAAUCCCUUCUGCCCGCAGUUCCCAUUGGGCCCCAGUCCGGAGGGCCCUAUGGCAGCCAUGAGUGCGCUGGAACCUCACCAUGUGAACGGAUCCCUGGGCUCGGGCGACAUGGACGGGUUGCCGAAGAGCUCCCCCGGCGCAGUGGCCGGCCUGAGCACCGCCCCGGGCACCCCGCGGGAUGACGGCGAGAUGGCGGCCACCGGGACUUUCCUGCACCCGUUCCCGAGCGAAAGCGUAAGCGACUGCGUCGACUCUCCCCCCGCGGCGGCGUCGGGCCGGAGGGGCCUGGCGGGCAGGCCCCGGCGGGGCGGCCGGGGGGCCAGAGCAAGACCAUGACUGCGGCGGGCCAGUACUCGCCUGGGAUGACCAUGAGCGUGUGACAGGGCAGUAGCCCCUUGCCCACUGCUGGCCUCGUCCUCUGCCCAGCGCCCCUGCCGGGGGCCAAGGGCCAGUGGCUCAGGUGGUCUGCAGGGGGAGGGUAUAAGGUCACACCUUGGGCAGCUGGACUCCUGGUCAAGGCUUGGAGGCUGGGAGGCCACCCCCACGAAGGACUCUCAUUUUAUUAAAAACACAAAAACGCAAGGACCUCAGAGAUGCUCUUUCCCGUGUGGGCCCAACCCCCACCCUCACUCCAGUUCUUUUUGUCCUGGGGGACUCCUUUGGGAUUUCCCUUCCUCUGGAGGGCAAGGGGUAGGCCCCAUCAAUAAAUGUAACUUGUUUUGGUUUUUGGUA